AUGGUCGACGGUGGGCCGGUGACAGCAAUAACUAAAGAAAGUGUUUUAAAGGUAUAUUUAGGUUUAUAUUGUAGACACAACGGUAGCUACAGUUAAUGUCAAUAUUUUAUUCUAUAUAUGUAUGUAUUGGUAUUAACUUGCUACUUUUAUUUGUAAUUUCGUGAUGUUUUAGAUUUUACUGAGUGCUAUUACACUCGUUUUCCAAGAUCUUGAGAUCAGAUAUCCUGGCUAUGCUCUGGAAGCGACGUUGAAAUACCGUGAAGUUUACGGUAAGGGAAACUUAUAGUUACAGUAUGAUAAAUUUAAAAAUAAUCAAAUUUUGAACUUUGUGCUAUGUCAAAGUAUUUUUACUUCGUAACUUUUCUUGGUACAUAUAAACAUAUAUAUGUAAUUGUCGUAUAAUGUAAUGUUAUUUAAUGUUUUUCUUGUUUUAGUGCUGGGCGCUUCGACAGUUUAUGAAUAUAAGGCUAAGAUUACAUACAAGGACAGGAAAGUAUCGUACGAAUGGCUAGAUCCUACGUAAGUUGGAUCCUGUCUUUAAAUUACGGUAGUUGUUCCUAAGUUGUUAAUAACUUGGAUUUUGUUUAUAAAUAAGAUAUGCUUCGUUUAGAGUAUUGAUCCAAACACACGAAAAUGUAAAAGCGGACAUAAAUGGCAACGGUUACGUGUUUAGUCUUCUUGGUAUGAAAGAAUACAUUUCUGGUAAGAUUCUUGACAGUAUAGAUGACAUUUUUUGUUUGUAAUACUAUUGAUAUUCAAAAAAGUGUAUAACCAGGUCUUAAAGGAACUAUUUUAGUUGGAGAUUAUUAUUACAAAACGUCUUUGAUGUCCAGAAACAUGAUAGACAUGGCAAAAGAGAAACAUUUAAAAAAAUUUGAGUUUGUGACAGACGGCUUCAAUUUGUUUUACAAAGUAAGUGAACAGCUUACCAUAGUCAGACAGGUACUAUUAUAGUUAUCCCAUUUUAAAUUUUUUCAGAUAAAUAACACCUUGUUAUCUUGGGAUCCCAGUACUUCUAAAAAACGAUCUGUCUGCAAAGGUGUACCUGGCGAGCUGAUUGGAUUUGAUGAAUCAACAUUCAAUAUAGUUGUCAAAGAUGAUCAUCUUUACUUCAUUUUGGGAAUACACGAGUCUUGUUUCAAAAAAAAGGUCGGACCUUACACUGGCUUGCACAAGAUCCCUCUAUACCUUUCUCGGACCUACUCCGAUCAGCUUGAGUCGCAGUGGUACAAUUUGGUAAGUUCUAUUAGUUUUACAGAUCUAUUUUAUAAAGAUAAAGAUAGGUCUUUGUUACUUUUCAGUAUGAAAGCCACGAAGGUUAUGUUAACAUUCAUAAAGCACGUAAAUGUAAAGUGAUUCAUAGCCCUACGUAAAUUAGUCUUUUCAGCGUCACGUGGCUUUGUUCUCGCCAGAUUCGGUCGAUAAAAUUUCUCCAGGGCAUUUGAUCAAGUUCAAAGCGAUUCCACUUGAGGACCAAUUCGAAUUAUGCCACGACCUGUCCAAGUACAUUCGCCACCUCAUUAAAUACUUGGCCAUUAUACAAAUCGUAAUUCAUUUGUGCUUCGUGAUGGUUGUCGUUAUGCUGUAUGUCAUCAUAUAUGGCAAUGUGAGAGUUAAGAAGCAUUUGAAGAAGUUGGUUCGUGACAACACCAAGAGGAAAAGAAAAACGGUGGACAAGAGCUCUCGCAAUAGGAAGAGAUCACGUAGCAGAAGCAGAAAUAUGCCAAAGAAAUUAAAUCGUUAA